CACGCCACACACGAAGUUGACACCAAUCUUCGUACUAAGAUCGCAAGAACGAGCCAUGAGAUGGGAGAUCCGCAAGCAACAUGCAGCCCAGUGCGUGCAAGAAGAUGAAGGGGAGAGAGGAAGCAAGAGCAAGCGCAGGGCGUUCUCCUUCUCGCUUAUCUCGUGGCUCGCCAAGCUCACGGCGAAGGAGAAGCCUGGUGCGCCCGCCAAGCACGCGCCCGCGUUCCCGCCCAAGAACAGCGCGGCGGCUCACGCGUUCCCCACGUGCCUCCGCAAGCGCACCAGCCCGAGCCCCGUGGUGGUCACACCGGGCCGGCCUAGCCCGCCGCGCCGCUCCCCCGCCGACGUCGUCCCGCGGCGGCUGUCGGUUGGUAACGACAGUGCCGAAGCUGUCGCCGCGCGCCGCCACUGCCAACACCGCUGCCGCCACAGCUCCCUCGGCGGGGACCAUGAGCUCCCGCCGCUCGGUUACCUGAUCCCCUUCUCCCUCGCCGGCUCCGCGGCGCGCCCGCCGCGGACCGCCGCCUCUGCUGCGCCAGACACAGACGACGGGCCGGCGCGGGUGAGACGGUACCGGCGCCGCCGCAGCCGCCGCCUCAGCGUCAGCGGGCGGAGGUCGUCGUUCUCCGGUAGGAUGCCGCUGCGUGUGCGCGUGCGGUCGCCGCGGCGCGCCGCCGUGGCUCCGGAGCUGGAGAGGCUGGCGGUGGUGCGGCGGACGCGGGACCCGCAGCGGGCGUUCCGGGAGUCGAUGGUGGAGAUGAUCGCGAGCAGCGGGUCCGCGCCGCGGCCGGAGGAGCUGGAGCGGCUGCUGGCGUGCUACCUGUCCCUGAACGCGGACGAGCACCACGACUGCAUCGUCAAGGUCUUCCGCCAGAUCUGGUUGGAGUACGGCAACCUGCUGGACCGCUCGGACGCCGGCAGACGCCCGCCGGCACGGCGCUGAUCAUCCGAUGAACAAACAUCCUCUGCCACCUUCAGUGCGUUCCAUGGCUCGCAUUGGCUGGUCUCAGAGUUCCAUGGCAGAAGCUGAUUCAAAUGCUGAUUGCCAUGCCGUGGUUGGUGUGCAGGCAGCAGCUGAUCGUAUGCACGCGCCAAGUAAGCGUUCUGGUUCGCGUGCAGCGCAUUGAGGUGUUGCGCUGAUGGAUCAAGUAAGGCAGAAAAGUAUAGGCCCGCGUGAGAUUGAGGUGUUGUUUUCUGGAAUGGAGGGGGAGAUUCGCAACUCGCAAUUCUCCAAUCGUCUGAUACGUCGGCUUGUAUGCAUGGCAGUGGCAGCUGUAGAUUUCAGAACCUCCGGUUUCUAGAAUUCAAAUAUCUGCGGCGCCACCCUUCUUUUGCUGUUCCGUUCUGAACCGGGAGAUGGUGACUUGGAGCUGUCAGGGAUUUGUAUGGGCACCGGUGUCGUGACAUUAGGUAAUUCUGUUUGGUUCGUAGCCCUGCUUAAUUACACUACAUAGUG